AUGACUUCACAUUGGUGCGAUUCCUUUUACUUUGAGUUGGUUGGUACUGAUUGCUGGCCUCAACGUCUCGAAGAAAGACAAAGAUCAUCAUUUCAGCUCAGCAAAUUCAACGAACAAGCUGUUGGGUGCAAGUUUUGCUCAAAACUGGCGGACUUGAUUGCUUACCGGCUACAAUGUAACUCGGCCUUUACGAAUGGAGAUGACGCUACUACUCACAAAGUUCCCAUCGUUCCGGAGGAUGCGAACUUGUACAUCUCUCACGAAGUGAAGGAAGUGCGUAAUUGGUCUUUUGGUUUUGAGGGCGUCACGUCAAGGAAGAUUGUGGUUAUUGGCGUAGCUAUCGGAACAAAGCACAUGGAGAUUAUUCUUCAAAGAUCCGGUACUGGAGGUCGUGUCCCUGUUGAAUUCUCAUCUGAUGGUUUGGGCAGUGAUGGUGUCACGUUUCAACCUCCCGGAACCUGGCGGGUUGAUCCACCCGGACUGGAGUACCAAUGGCAGGAUUUUCCAGGCAAAGAUAUAGCAAAGUUGGAACCGACGUUUGGAAGGCCAAGGCCACUUCUGGUUGACUUUUCCAUGAUUAGGGAAUGGAUACGAACAUGCGACCAACAGCACCCUAUUUGUCAGCACGAUGGAGUUCUAGUUGACAUCCCACAGUUUCGCUUGAUCGACGUUGAGAGGAUGUGCAUUGUACAAGUUGACGUUUCCAAAAGACCCCCUUUUGCAACUCUCAGUUAUGUAUGGGGCAAUAAACCAUUCCUACGACUCGUCAAGGCAAACAUCAAGGACCUACAACUCCCGGGAAAUCUUGAAAAGCUGACAUUACCGUCUACCAUAAUAGACGCGAUGGCCAUCUGUGCCAAGUUGCAGAUAGGACAUAUAUGGAUUGAUAGUCUUUGUAUAAUCCAGGAUGACGAGUCAGAUAUGAUUCAAGUCAUUGAUAAAAUGGAUACAAUCUAUCGUGAGAGCAUCCUGACCAUCGUGGCUGCGUCUGGCAUAGAUGCCCACAGUGGUAUUCCUGGCAUUCGAACUGGAACCAGAUCUCUUGAGCAACAUCCUCUGGAAAUACGAGGAGUGGGGUUGAUUGAUUCAGUCGACACUGGCCAAUUUCGUUUCCAGGGACCAUUCCAAGAACCACUCUGGAUAUCAAAUACCCCAUGGGCUCAACGAGCUUGGACCUUUCAAGAAGCUCUCGUUUCUCGAAGGUCACUCUUCUUCACCGCAGAACAGGUCUAUUGGAGUUGUAGGGAAGGAUUAUUGAGCGAAGAUACCACAGAGCAUUUUCGCAAUAACGAGUCUCCUUAUGUGCCUAAAAAACGAUUAGACUCCAACUUCGAUCCUCAAUCAUAUCUAAAGCUUGCUACUACCUUUUCAACCCGCCGACUAACAUAUGAGGCCGACAUUGGUCGUGCCUUUCUCGGAGCUCAAAAGCAUCUCGAUAGGAAAUGGGGUGGACACAAAUUCUCAUGGGGUCUACCCCACGGCUCUUUUGGGUCUUUUCUAAUGUGGGAGCGUCCAGCACAAGAAGAUCGGCGAAUUCGUAUAGGUACACAUCCCAUCAGACAACGGGAUGGAAGUAUAGUCCAAGUACCUUUCCCCAGUUGGUCGUGGAUGGGAUGGACCGAUGGUGGGAAGCUUGUCAGCUUCUAUGGAGAUGAACCAAAGCCUCACAGCCCGACAUUCUAUGUUUUUGACUCAGCAGCCGAGCUAAUGGAAGUCUGUGACGAGUUCACGUUGCCGUCUCCAUUACGGGACCUCCUGGUGGGUGACUCAAAUGUGCCGACUGAGGUAACAGAAGCACAACUCCCUCAAGAGCUUCACUUGACACCCUCAAUAAGACACAGUGCUUUGAUCUUUUACACAGAGGUUGCAACAGUCAAGUACAAUCCGUCACUAGCAUUCAAAGCAGACUCCGUGCUUGAUAUUCCAAGCGAUCUCAAGAUGAGAAGUUUCGAGUAUCCAUUCUCAAUACAGAUUGGAAAUACCUAUCACCGAAUUGUGGAGCAAGAUCAAGACGACGAGUCAAAGGAUCUGGAGGAAAUAGAUCUCGUAGCUACCUCCAUUGGUACCCCAGAGGACUUCGAAGUUUAUGACAGGUUUUAG